CGACGUCCCCAGCUGUAGCUCAGCCCUCCCCUGGAUCCCCAGACCCGCUGUGCGAGCAUGCCUGUCACUCUACCUGAAGCUCGGCCCUCUCCACCUCCCAGUGCGCUCGCUCCAUCUCGAAGCGGGCCCACUCAUGCUGGAUAUAGUAAAUAAAAUGAAAGAAGCAUGAAAGGGUAUUUAUCUUGGUUCAGAAGUUAUGAAAAUGAUUAAGUUCUUCCUCUUGGUGAACAAGCAAGGGCAAAUAAGGCUGUCCAGGUAUUAUGAACCUUUGGAAAUUCACAAAAGAACGUUGUUGGAAGCUGAUAUUAUUAAGAAUUGCCUCCCACGGACAAAGAACCAGUGUUCAUUUGUUGAGUACAAGGAUUUUAAACUUGUGUACCGACAGUAUGCUGCACUCUUUGUUGUGAUCGGGAUUGAUGAUGCAGAGAAUGAACUGGCUGUGUAUGAACUUAUACAUAAUUUUGUCGAGGUUUUGGACAAAUAUUUCAGUCGAGUGUGUGAGUUGGAUAUCAUGUUUAAUUUAGACAAAGUUCACAUCAUUUUGGAUGAAAUGAUUUUGAAUGGUCGUGUUGUGGAGACGAACAAAAGCAGAAUCCUUGCUCCUCUGCUUGCACUGGACAAAAUGACUGAAAGCUAAAACAAAGGAAGCUUGUUCAAAAGCUGCAUCAUCCAUUCACAAGGCUUUUUCCUAACCUUUAAAAUGAUGCUUUAUGGAUGUCCUGAGUUUUUGUCCUAAUAGGAAGCUUUCUUAUAACUUGCAAUAGAAAACCAGCUUCAGUACAUCCAGAAAUCUAUAAAAAGAUCGAGAAUUGUUGAUCAGAAACAUCAUAACUGUAAUUACAUGUAACAAUUAUUCUUGACUGGUUUAGAAGUUGAGGGGCACGCAAUUGAGUGAAAAUCAUGUUUGUGAUGGUAUUGGAGAGGUACACUUCAUAUUUGAACAUAAAUCAUCCAGAAAUUCUGAUCAAGGUUGGAAACUAUUAUUUCUGACCAUUACCAGACCAAAAGAACACCCAGGUACAUUUAGAUGACUUCUACUCUGGAAAUUCCUGGACAGGAGACUCAUGUUAAGAACCAGGGGAGAUCUAUUCAGGAAUCCUCAGAGCAAGCAGGAGAGGGAUUCAUUGUCAAAACCAGUCUCCCUGUUGCAGCAGUCAUUGAGCCAUAUCCAGUACCACAGUCAGCCCCUUUGACAGCCAAGUGAAAGGGUACGCCUGAAAGUGUGGGGAGAUGGUGCCAGGUGGGUAAGGAGUAGAAUGCCAGGUAGUUAUGGGGUUGGGGAUAAGGUUGCAGGUGAGGAUUGUAAGUGCCUCAAGGUUUGGGUGGCAAGUGGCAAAGGAGGUUAGAAUGGGAGGUGGGUGAUUGGAUGGGGUGCAGAUGGGUGAGGGAGUGGGAUACCAAAUGGGUGAGAGGAGUGGGCUGCCAAGUAUGUGAGGGAUUAGAGUAGCAUGUAAUUGGAUGAGUGUUUUAAAUGCAUCUAGUGUCAGAUUGAGAAGAAGAUAUUGGAGGGGAGCGGUGUGUGUGUGUCAGUCCAUAGAAGGGAGGGGCACAAUGUCAGGCCAGGAGGGUGGCAUUGCAUCGACUGUCAGGGAGAGGUGUUGGAUUGGGUCACUUUUAAAAAAAUGAAGGGAGCUUGAAGUACUUUGCAUUUCUAACGUGUUUUGUUUAUAGUUUGAAUCCUGCAGUAAAUUGUGAAACUGAACAUUUUCUGUUGACUUGACUGAGCUUCCCUCAAAGAAAAUUGAGGCUGUAUUUUUGCAGAAUCUUAAGAACUCCAUAGCCAGUUAAAAACAGCAGGUGUGACUCGAUUCUGGGAUUCCCACCUGCCUUACUGACACCUCCAGUUUUCAGUGGGGUUGGUUGCGACCCUGCACUCCCAAUCUGCUUAGAUUCAUUCUGGAAGGAGGCAUUUCCUAGCCACCUACAGUCUUCAUGGGUCAGAUCAACGUCUCCUUGACUUGUGGUUCAUGGCCUCUCAAAGGAAUUGUAAACCAAUGAUUUACGACAACAAAGUCGUACUUUUUAAUGAGCUUCUGGAUCCAGCUGACCAUGCACAGCUGACACAGCAAAAAUGAAAAUAUCUACGUAUUGACAGCUUUAUAAUAUGCUGUUUGUUUUUCUGUGACCCCUUUUGUCAAUAGUUCAAUGUUUAUAUGCGCAAGAUAAAGUGAUGUCAAGUACUUAUAACUUCUGUUAUUGAUACUUUAAAAGAUCAAGUAGAGUGUAGCAACAGCAACUUAUUUUUUAAAUUAUUUACAUGUUUAAGAAGUUCCACACAUGCCAUUGUUAUUAUAGAGUUCGUUGGUUCUGUACAGAGUGUAUGUCGGGCGAAUGCACAUGAAACUGCAAGGCAUAGAGGGUAUAAGAUGCCGUUGGAAGUAGGUGAGGGGUCUGGGUUGACAUGGAGUAUCAUGGGAGUCAGUGGGUGUGAUGGGUGAGAGAUAGAGGAUCUAAAAUACAAAAAGACAAUUGGGACAAAAUGCUAGGAAAUGCAAAUGAGGCUCACCUUCUAAACUGCUUUUCUUUGUGACCACCUUCAUUAUGCUUCUGGAAGACAUGGGACCAAUUCUAUUCUGUACCCACCUUCCAAACUCUUGCUGCAGUUAAAAUUGGACCAUCCAAAGUGGUGGUAGAUUCUUCCAAAGUGGUACCAAAUUUUAACCAUUAACUGUGCUCUUGUGACGUAAGAUGUCUGAUGUACUGAAUAGUUUGUCUUUCCUUUAUUUUAUAGCUCCAAAAUCUGCAAUCUUUUGCUUUUAGUUUCCAAAAAAUAAAAAUAUUUUGUACCUUA